AUGACAGUUCGAUGUCCAUCAGAUAGCCGUUGUGUUAUUACGAGAGAGUGCACGGAGGCGAGAGGACACCAAGUGGUGAGUAAUCAGAGUCAAUCAGAGAGGCGGCUCAUUAGUGCGGGCCCGCGCGUCUAUCACGCAUUGUCACAUCCAUGGCGGCGGCGGCCAAUCACCGCACACAUUACACAAAUUGAAGAGACGAGCCCUCAACAUUUAACACCGAUUAUAAAGCUCGGUGCGUGCACAUACCUGCCGUUCUGUGGUCCGACGUUUCCGUCGUUGAAGGAGGAGCUGGCGCUUAGGUCCUUGUCCGGUAUCUGUCCGCUCUCCAUGCCGAGCGGCGCGAUGCAUUGCGCUGCAACACAUCAAGCAAAAAAAAAAACAUUUCCACGGGUAAUUUCAUCUCGAGGUAAAAGUUUUCUGAAACGAAACAUCCAAAUAAAAAGCCCAUUGUGGCGGUGUCCCGUUCAACAAAAGACAGCCGCUUAUAGGUCAAAUGCAAAUAGAAUUCGCAUGUUGCGCCGCCAUCCGCCAGGCGGCGCGCCGGGCCACCACCGCCGCACGCCGCCGCCGGGCCGCCGCUGCGGGCCGAUCGCUCCGGAACAAAUUGCAAACGUCAUGAAGGCAGUUUUGAAUAUUAAUAAUAAAUGA